AUGCUGUUCCGGUUUCGGGAACAACAGGCCGCAGAGAUGGGGAUUAUUGAUAGGAGUCGCGAGCGUCGGCCGCGGGAUAUUAGGUCGGUGAAGACAGUGGCCGACUGCGAGCGAUGGAGAGGUCAGGUGUUGCGAGAGAUUAGUAAAAAGAUCACACGGAUCCAUGAACCGGCGCUGUCAGAAUCGCUGAUCCGCGAUCUCAAUGACGAGAUCAAUAAACUCAUGCGUGAGAAACAUGUAUGGGAACUGCAACUGCGGGACCUUGGCGGACCCAAUUAUAUCCGGUUCGGAGGUUCGUCGAAUAAUGUCGGGUCUGACAAGGAUGUCAUGACGUCGACUCGAGGAUACAAAUAUUUCGGACGAGCUCGUGAUUUGCCAGGGGUUAAAGAACUGUUUGAAGCACAAGCCAAACAGCGGUCUGCCGCGUCACACGAGACGAAAAAAGAACCAGCACUUCCUCAAAACCUCCCUGCUUCAUACUACGCUCUUGAAGACGAGGAUGCUGACAUGCUGUCACAAGAACAGGUCGCCGAACAAGACCUCGAUACACACACGGCCGACCCCUGGGGCCCAUCACAGCUGCCAUACUCGGCCACGGCCGACUUCUCCUUCGAACCGCUACCGGAACUACACCAUCUCCCGACUCCCAGCGAAGUUGAAAAAUACCUCGUCGAACGUCGUCGCCAGAAACUCGAGCAGUUGUACAUCGGCUGA